UUGCAGAAACAAUAUCAUAUUUCAUUUCCUGAGCAAAACGCUCUGCCUCAUCACGAGUAUCUCAAGAGUUCAGAUGAGCUAAAGAACACAACUUGGGUAGCAGAUCUUCACCACUACCUUAUGACACUGAACAGAAAUGUCAGUCCUCAUGUGAACCUGGUGUUUGCUGACUACAAGCACAGAAUGUUAGUCGUGAAUUGGGUUGUGGCUGCUACACUCAAAGUAAAACCUCCAUUACACAAUGUGCUUGUACUCUCUCUUGACCAACUCCUCUGUGACUAUCUAGCCAACGCUGCGUACAUGACUUAUCCACUCAAUAUGACCUGCAUUGCAGCACCAUUAACUACCAUACUAUCUUCUAAAGGUAGAAAAUCAUGGACAACAUCAAUGAUGAUCCGAUCAAUAAUCCUUAGACUUAUCAACUACUGGGGCUUUGAUGUUGCAACUUAUGAUUCUGAUGCUGUUGUUCUUAAAAAUCCUCAAACACUGUUUGACAACUACACUCAUGAUAUUCUGUCUUCUGCCAGUAUGUGGCCAGACUCUCAAGCUAUACCAUGGGGUUUCACUCUCUGUGCUGGUGCUAUUUUAUACAGAGCCACUUCUGCUACAGAGACGUUUUGGAGAUAUUUAUCAGAUCUAAGUGGACAAGCUGACCAGAUGUCCUUAAAUAAAGCCCUCAAGAACUUGAACAUUUCUUGGAAGGAGACAACCAAAGUCAGUCAAGUAUGUUCAACAGAUGGCUGGGAGGGAGAGGCUGAUGGUGGACUCAGGGUUUUUGUCUUCCCACAACGAUUAUUCUGUCGAAGGAAAUGCUGCCAUAGAAACAGGCCAGAACACUAUGUCACUCAUCCUGGUGGUAAUCAUGGAAAUAUCGAAGACAAAACACGUGUUCUUCACCAGUUUAAUGCCUGGUUUGUGCCUACGGAAAGUUCUUCAUAAUCAAACGUGUUUUGUUGGGUUAGACAUGAUAUAUAAUUCACACUUCAAUUGCCAUAAUUGUUGGGUGAU